CCUACACGAUCUCCAGACGGACGGGGUUUUAACGGCAUUUCCCCAUUUUCUUGCGUCGCACUCCGUUGAUAUCGCUACGAGCCGUCCAGAUGCCCGCAAACCCUAACAUGCAAUUAAGGCGUUCGCACAAGAAGUCGCGCAAGGGGUGUAAAGAGUGCAAGCAACGCCAUACCAAGUGUGACGAGACCCGCCCUUCCUGUGUCAAUUGCACCGCAACCAAUCGACGAUGUUCUUAUCUUGACCUCGAGCCACAUCACCACUGGCUGAGAAGCGACCCAGCGCACUCGCCAGGUCAGGCUUCCACCGUCUCCUCAAAUGCUACCACACUUUGCGGCACUGUAAAGCCUACGUGGUUUGUCGCCGACAGUGAUGUUGCCGCUGUUGACAGUCAUGUACCGGCUGUCCCCUCGCCGGAUCCUCUUGAGCCAGGCCUCUUCAACCUAAGCCACAUGGUACUUCUGCACCACUUAGAGAACGAAGUUCUGCGAUUGCAUCCUGGCCUAUUCAUGGUUGAUCCUAUAAAUGCCAGACAGUGUUACGAAUCGAUAUUCAGCGCUGCCAUAUCAGCGCCCUAUCUGCUGGACGAGCUGCUGGCGCUGUCGGCUACCCACCUCGGCACUCUUCAACAUGGCAUCCACAAAGACCAGUACUUUCGACAAGCAUCAGAGCUUCAGACACGCGCUUUGACGCGCUUUAACACCGAGGCUCCUCAGGUAAAUGAGGAAAACUGCCUGGCCAUGUUCAUCUUCUCCUCAGCGCUCGGCUUGCACACCCUGGUGGACACAGUGGCGACACAUCGAGACUUUACUGACCUGCUCGACAAAUUCACUCAUUACCUCCGCAUUCACCAUGGUGUUCACGUUAUCACUCAGCAGAGCUGGCAUAUCCUUCGUCAGACGGAUCUAAGGCACAUCGUCCGCCAUAUAGAGGAGCAAGGGGACCUGGCGCAGCAGCGGCUUCAAGGUACAGAAAACGAAUGUGACCCUUUAGCUAGCCUUCUCGAGCGCUCAUCUUCGAGGCUUGGACUAGGCCCGCACAAAGCAUGCUGUGAGGCUGUUGAGAUUCUUCGCUGGGUUUUCAGCACUCAUCGUUCUCUCCCCACACCGUAUCCAACCCAUAUCGUGUUGUCCUGGCCAAUCCGGAUCUCUUCCGAAUUCAUUGAAUUAUUAGAGGAACGUCAACCAGUGUCCUUGGUAAUCCUGGCCUAUUGGGCUAUGCUACUCUGGGAAGAACGCAAUUUCUGGGUCUUCGGUGAUGCUGGCCGGAUCCUUAUAGAACAUCUCUCCAGGCAUCUAGGCUCUCAUUGGGACGAGUGGAUGGUGCACCCAAGAGCUGUCUUAGACAAUCCGUAAUAAUAGUCCGUUAUCAAGUUGUCAUAUGGCAUUGAUGAAAUAAUCGUGGGAUGGCCAACCCUCAACGUAAUCUACAAGGAGUAUGAAUGCUGCUCGACCUUUCGGCUCUUUACAACUGGGAUUUCCUUCCGAUGGCCUGAACACUGAACCUGCCAACUUGGAUUUUUGAUAGUUGGUGGUCAAACAUUUCAAUCCAAGGCAAUUCCCUGGAUCAGCUUGUCCCUAGCACUUCUGUCCUACACUGGUACUCACUUUGGUAGGCAUGUAGUUGCGGCGAACCAACCAAAGACCUAACUUAAG